AAGUGUCAAGAUGCGGAUUCAGAAUAGUAACGGUUGCGGAGUUGGUUGAAGCUGACAAACCCGUUUCUCUCGCCGGCGGGAAAGAAUCCGAUGACGGCUUUCAACAUGAGACUUUCGAUCACGCCUGGAGAUCGCUGCAUGACGUAAGCCCCACCCACCCGAAUCAAGCUCCCCACGCUUCCGAACCCGCGAUUGAAAAAGGUACGGGGACCCCAAAGGAGGGAGGAGUCAGUGCCUCUAUGCAUUGCACUGACUGCACUGGGCGUACCUGAACCUCGUCCGAUCUUCCCCUCCUUCAUCCAAUUCCAUUCUUGCUUUCCAGACACUGCAUGUCAAAAUGAGUCUGUUCGUUGCUAGCACCAGAUCCGCCUUCCGGGCUGCCGCCCCCAUCAAGAGGUCUUUCCAGACCCGCCGCUCCUAUGCGACCGAGCCUUCCAAGGGUGGCAGCAGCAGCACCAUCCUCCUCGGUGCUGCCGCUGUUGGUCUUGCCGGCGCCGGCGCCUACUUUUUCUCCGGCGCUGGUGCCGCCAAGAAGGCUGAGGCCAGCGUUAAGCAGGUGACCGAGAAGAUCACCCCCGGCGAGAUCAAGAAGGCCUUCGUCGGCGGCGACCAGGGAUGGCUCAGCCUCAAGCUCGAGGAGGUUGAGCUGGUCAACCACAACACCAAGCGCCUGCGCUUCAGACUCCCUGAGGACGACAUGGUGUCUGGCCUCCAUGUUGCCAGCGCCAUCCUCACCAAGUUCAAGCCUAUCGAUGCUGAGAAGGCUGUCCUCAGGCCUUACACUCCCAUCAGCGACGAGAGUGCCCAGGGCUACAUUGACCUCCUGGUCAAGAAGUACGAGGGUGGUCCCAUGAGCACCUACCUCCAUGACAUGGCUCCCGGCCAGCGCCUCGACAUCAAGGGCCCUCUUCCCAAGUACCCCUGGGAGGCUAACAAGCACAAGCACAUCGCCCUCGUUGCUGGCGGCACCGGUAUCACUCCCAUGUACCAGCUCAUCCGCGCCAUCUUCAACAACCCCGAUGACAAGACCAAGGUUACUCUCGUCUUCGGCAACGUUAGCGAGGAGGACGUUCUCCUCAAGCACGAGCUCGCCACCAUCGAGAACCACUACCCCCAGCGCUUCCGCGCUUUCUACGUCCUCGACAACCCUCCCAAGGAGUGGGCCGGUAACAAGGGCUACAUCAACAAGGACCUCCUCAAGACCGUCCUUCCUGAGCCCAAGAACGAGGAUAUCAAGAUCUUCGUCUGCGGCCCACCCGGCAUGAUGAACUCCAUCUCCGGCAACAAGAAGAGCCCCAGGGACCAGGGCGAGCUGACCGGUAUCCUCAAGGAGCUCGGCUACUCUCCCGAUCAGGUAUACAAGUUCUAAGCGACUCAGGACUUGGAUGCAUCUUGUGUGUUAUAAUAUUACCGUCUUAUUUAGCUAGAAUAGCGCGGCGUCACUUGAGUUUGCCAGUGUGGGAUUGGCUUGGUCUACGAUACUCGUGCUUGACGAGCACACGCAGCGCACAUCCUGCUGCGUAUAGAUAGAGGAUAAUAAAAGGCAACAAAAAGGAAAUUAAAAAUAAUGAAAAGAAAAACAAAAAUUCGGACAUGAGCUUGUCAAAGCGACAGGAUCGGAUCAUGUCAAACUCUUGCUUUUCUGAAACGAUGCUCAGUUUCAGUUGCAGUCGACAUCCAAGUGAACACAAAGACUGCGAUGGCAUCCGUUGUGGCGGUGGUGCCGGCGUGGCUGAUACCGACGUGGCUGACAGCCUGCCGGUCUGGUCAUUCUGAAGGUGCACGUGGAGACGUGACAGCG